AUGUCGGGACAAAUAUCUACUCUCAAGUUUAAUGCAGUCAUUGAAGGAACUGAGAAAGUCCACAGCUUUGUCAGUAAGUUUUUUCACUUAUAUUCAACUUGUUUUAGAAAGGUUAUUGGGAAUCGCCGAGUUUUAUCACAAAGAUACGAUGAUCUUGACUAUCAGUGAAGAGAGUUUCCUUCUUUUUAGAGGAGGGGACAGCGCAUUGUCUACGAGUAUGACUGAAUUAUGGCUAAACAAUGUAGGUUUAUCCCAUUUUAGGUAUCAAAACUUGGUUAUUCUGAUUUUAGAAGCAAUGUUUUGACCAAUAUGAAUUUAUGGAAACUGAAAGAGGACAAGUCUCAUUUGAGGUUGAAUCGGAACAGAUUUUUGACGCAUUAAAAGGACUAGACAUGUUGAAAUUAAGAAUUGACCUGCUAAAGUUGAGAGUUGUUCAAGUUGAUUCAAAUCUCCACCUCAGAAUUAAAAUCCCCAAUCUCAAUGCGACACAUGACGUUACUACUGACCUGAAGCCACUAGUUGAUUCUAAUGAAUACCGAAUGCCAUCGAAUAAUCGAGAUUAUGUGAGUUAUAUUGCUAUGGCAUUAUUUAUUUUAUCUUUAGAUCAGUGUUUUGAUCGCUGAAUCAAGUCGGCUGGAGAAAAUUCUAAAUGGUUUCAAACACAUGAAUCUGAAUGUACUGGAAAUUAUCCUAUGUGUGUCCAAAAAAGAGAUGAGGAUCUGUGGAACUGAUACUGGUUGUAAAAGUACUGUAAUAUUGAAGGAUUUGAGCCUCCGGCAACACAUAGGAAGUAAGGGCGUAAACAAAUUGUCUUGAACUUUUAGGUAGCGACAAUAACGAUGUAACGGACUCAGUGAAAGUGAGAGUAAGCCUCCAAAAUCUUCAUACCCUCUUCAGAAACUUUGUGGAUGCAGCUGAACCCUUGGAAAUCAGUAAGAAUAACUUUUAAUUUUCUAAUUUUUAGGAGUUGCUAAUGAGGAUUCGGCGAGGUUCAUUCUAAAGAAGCUUGAUGGAAUUUUUACUUUAUUCAUUUCUCAUCAAAACCUCUGA